AUGGAUCGCGCUAGGCGGCAUGAGCUGCGCGAGCUGAACCAGAGGGCCUGGAAUGGGGACAAGGAUGUCUUCCCCGUGGGCAACUCCCUCGACUCGACCAUGAAGAAGAACACGGCCUUCAUCAAGCGCCUGCGUACCGCCAUCUCCCCCGCGACCCUGGCCACGUUCCUCCAAGAGAUCAAGACCGUCAGCUUGUCCAAGUACCUCUCCGAGAUUGUCUCGGCUUGUCACGAAGGCCUGUGUCGACUCAAGACACCUGGUGAAAUCGAUGCCGGCGUAGAAAUUGUCAGCGCGCUGCACCAGCGUUUCGGCCCUGCAGAUUUCACCUCGUACCUCGGUUGGUUCCUGGGAAGGUCAAUGGCGACACCUGACAAGGCCGCCCUCAAGGCCCUCUCUCCGGAAACAAGAGAAAAGGAGGAAAAGGAUCGCUUAGUCCGGCAACGGAUCCUCCUGCGAGUCGUGACCGAGCUGUGGCUCGUCGAUGUCCUCCGCACCCUCGACGACAUUAAACGUCCUGACGAUGCCACCAAUGGAAUUACUGGCAAGCAAACUGAAGUCAAGUCCCGCGCGUCCGCGAAAGGGGGUGCUGCCGAGCCAUAUCCUCUUGAAAUUCUCAAGGACCUCCUGGGCCAUGACCGCGAGCAUGCCAACCUGCCAUUGCUCGUUGUCUUUGUCAAGGCUUUCAGUUGGGAUGUUCUGGGCGUUAGGGCCGCCGGUUCAGAAGGACGCAAAACUGUCGGUGAAGAUGGCGUGACCAAGGCAGUAGAAGGGGCCGAGGACCGAGAGGGGGAGCCUGAACCGUCUUUCGAAGACCCUCCCUUCACUCCGCCCGAGCUGCAGGAGCGUUUCAGAGAGGUUCUGAAGCGCUACUUUGAGGACGUCAAGGGCCACCUUAUCCGAGACCAAAAAGCCAUCUACAGUCAGUCUCGCAAGAAUGCCGAGGCUUAUGUCAAGUCGGGUGAAGUAUUUGAGGACCGCCAAGCCAACUUCGAGAAACAAGUCAAGGCGCAGGAGCGCCUUGUCGCCAACGCACAGGUUAUUGCCGACGUCAUUGGGGCUGAGAUGCCGGACUUGAAGGAUCACGACGACCCUUCUUCUGGCGUGAACGGCUCCAUUGGCAUUGUCAAGGCCGGCGAGUAUCUGCGAGGUCAAGGAGACGGCGCCGGUAUCUGGGAGGACGAAGAAGAGCGUCGUUUUUACGAAAACCUCGUUGACCUUAAAGGCAAAGUUCCCAGCAUUCUUCUCGAGGAAGUGAAAAAGAAGAAACCCGACGCAGAUGAGCAGGUUGGUAAGAAGGUCGACCCGGCCGAAGCUGCCGAAACGUCCAAGCCCGCCGACACGACGGCCGACGAUCAAUCCGUAGCCAUCGCGAACAAGACGAUUGGAGCCCAGGUCGAUGCGUUGCUCUCUCGGCUGCCAGACCUCACGACGAAGGAGGCAAUCGACCAGGCCGCCAUCGACUUCUGCUACCUUAACUCGAAGGCUUCGAGGAACCGGCUUGUCAAGGCCUUGACUGAUGUCCCCAAGGGCCGUGGUGACCUCCUCCCUUGCUGGGCCCGGCUCGUUGCUACGCUUGGCCAGUACAUGUUGGACAUCCCCAAAGGUCUGGUGGAGUACCUUGAUGCCGAGUUCCGCAGCCUGCAGCGGCGUAAGGAGAAGGAAUUCUUAGGCCAAGUCAGGCUCAGCAACAUCCGCUACCUCGCUGAACUGACCAAGUUUGGCAUCGUCCCGGAACACGUCGUCUUCCAUUGCCUCAAGGUCAGCCUGGACGACUUCUCCCGCAUGAACAUCGAGAUCAUUUGCAACCUGCUUGAGAAUUGUGGCCGUUAUCUUCUGCGGAACCCAGAGACAUCGCCUCGCAUGACGUCUUUUUUGGAGACGCUUCAGCGGAAGAAGUCUGUGCAGCACAUUGGGCCGGCCGAGAGAAUGCUCAUCGAGAAUGCCGUGUACUACGUCGACCCACCCCAGCGUCCGGCCAUCCAACAAAAGGAGAGGACGCCUAUGGAACUAUUCAUCCGCAAACUCACCUACACGGACCUGACCAAGCGGAAUUACAGCAAGGUUUUAAGGCAAAUCCGCAGGCUGCACUGGGAGGAAAGAGAGGUCGUUGCCGUCCUUCACAAAGUCUUCUCGAAGCCCGGGAAGAUUAAAUAUGGUAACAUUCACCUCCUGGCGAUUCUGUUGAGCGCCGUGCACAGGUACCAUCCUGAGUUUGUCAUUGGGGUCAUUGAUGCGGUGAUUGAGUCCAUCGCGUUCGGUUUGGAGCAAAAUGACUUCAAGUUCAAUCAGCGCCGUGUGGCCGAAGUCAAGUACCUGGGAGAGCUCUACAACUACAGGAUGCUCGAACAUCCCGUGAUCUUCGAUGUCAUGUAUAAAAUCAUGACUUUCGGCCAUGGGGGCCCGCCAGUGCCUGGUCGUAUCAACCCCUUCGAUCAGCCCGACGAUUUCUUCCGCAUCCGCCUGAUAGCUACCAUCUUAGAAACUUGCGGCAUGUUCUUUAACAAAGGCGCUGCAGGCAAGAAGCUGGACUACUUCCUCUCCUUCUUCCAAUACUACAUCCACACCAAAAACCCUCUGCCAAUGGAUAUCGAGUUUCUCGUUCAGGAUAUCUUCGCCCUGACCAGACCCCAGUGGAAGUUGGCCUCUAACAUUGAGGAGGCCACCAAAGUAUUCCAGCUUGCCAUGAUUCAGGACCAGAAGACAUCUGGGCUGGACAAGGUCGUCGAGCAGGACGACGGGGCAAGCGGGGCUUACAGCGACGACGAGGACGAUUUGCAACAUGCGGAGCAGGAUGAUGACGAUGAGUCUAGCUGUGAGGACGGGGAGGCAGAGGCUGAGGACGUUGAACAGGAGCCGUCGUACAACGCCAGCGAGUCCGAAGAAGAAGCCAUUGUCGUCACCAGGGAGGAAGAGGAAAUUGACCCUGAAGAUGAAGCUGACUUUGACCGUGAGUAUGCGAAGAUGAUGGCUGAAAGCUUCGAAACGCGCAAGUUCCAGCCGAAGCAACAAUUCGACAUCCCCCUCCCCGUUCGGCCCAAGAACCGCGAGGCUCCUAGCGGCAGCGAGACCGCCGAGAGCGGGCCAGGCACACCGAGCGGGACGAUGGCUUUCUCCCUGCUCACAAAGAGAGGAAACCGCCAACAGACCCGCACGGUUGAACUACCCUCGGACUCCAACUUUGCCGUGGCCAUGAUCACCCAGCGGCAGGCGGCGAAGGAGGAGCAGCAGCGCAUCAAAAACUUGGUGCUGAACCUCGAUUUGCGGGAGAACGAGGAUAACGACGGUGAAGAACACUUGACCCCUUACGGACCUAGCAUCAAUAUUCAUCACAUCCCCGCAGGAAACGAGAAGGCUUCUUCCCAUCAUCACCUUAACCGGCUUGAAAAUCGGUCGGGCAAGGACCGCGGGCAGCGGGUCCGCAAGCUCCAACUCAGUGAUGUUGACUGGUAUGAUGCCCCUGGAACAAGACCCCAUUACGAGCGAGACCAGGUGCCGAACGUCGGUCAAGGGCGUGCCGAAGGACAGAGUCCCAGCUACCGGCAACGUCGCAGCCUUUGGCCGACGUCUGUCCGCCGCGUGGCCGUGAAGGAAGAGCAUGACUAG